AUGGCUCCUAAUAAGCAAUGGAUGCAACUAGUGGACCAUCGGCUCGAUGAAACCUAUUUAGUAGGUGUGCAAAAGUUUUUGGAUUAUGCUUUUGAAAGAACAGGAGAAGAAUAUGAAAUACGAUGUCCAUGUGUCAAAUGUUACAAUACAACUUUAGGAACUCGUAAAACGGUUGAGACACAUUUGCAAGUAUAUGGAAUAAUUAAGAAUUAUACUUUUUGGUAUCACCAUGGAGAACGUUUGGGUGAGCCAUUGUCAGAAUCUGAAUCCGAAUUUGAAUUUACAUUUGGAGAUGGUGUUGAAGUAGAAGAAUGUGAGAGUGAGGAUGAAGUAGAAGAACUGUUGAGAGAUUUAUAUCCUAAUCUUGAUGGAGGAACUACACACGCUGAUGGUGAUGAUUUACUUGAGGAGGAACCAAAUGUUGAAGCAAAAAGAUUUUACUGCCUAUUGAAGGAUUUCGAGCAGCCACUUUAUCAAAAUUCCAAAGCUUCAAAGCUUUCCUCUUUGAUUAAAUUGCUUCACAUCAAAAGUAUGGGUCGUUGGAGUAAUGCUUUAUUUACAAUGUUAUUGAAAAUGUUGAAAGAUGAGUUGUUGCCUGAUGGCGCUAAUUUGCCAAACUCAUAUUAUGAGGCAAAGAAGAUAAUCAAAGAACUCGGCCUUUCUUAUAACAAGAUUGAUGCUUGUACUAAUGAUUGCAUGUUAUACUGGAAGGAGGAUAGCCAACUUGAUUCUUGCAAAGUUUGUGGGGCGUCUAGAUGGAAGAUAGAUACACAUAGCGGGGAAACAAGGAAUAAAAAAGGAAAAAGGAUAGCAUUAAAGAGCUUACGCUAUUUUCCUUUAAAGCCUAGACUUCAAAGGUUGUUUAUGUCUACAAAGACAUCUACUCUUAUGACAUGGCAUAAGGAUAAAAGAGUUGAUGAUGGAAUAAUGAGGCACCCAGCUGAUUCAAUGGCAUGGAAGUCAUUUGAUGAACUUCAUCCUUCAUUUGCGGUCGAGCCUCGUAAUGUUCGACUUGGACUUGCUAGUGAUGGAUUUCAGCCAUUCCGAAAUUCAAAAACCUCACAUAGCAUUUGGCCUGUGGUUCUUAUUCCUUAUAAUUUACCUCCUUGGUUGUGCAUGAAACAAGAAAAUUUUAUUUUGUCAAUGCUUAUUCCUGGUCCAAAUGGCCCAGGAGAUGCAAUUGAUACAUAUCUUCAGCCUUUAAUAGAGGAAUUGAAGGAAUUGUGGGAGGUUGGUAUUGAGACCUAUGAUGCGUCAGCUAAAAAGAAUUUUAAGUUGCAUGCUUCUUUGUUGUGGACCAUCAAUGACUUUCCAGCAUAUGGAAAUUUAUCUGGAUGGAGUACAAAAGGAAUAUUGGCAUGUCCAUGUUGCAAUAAAGACACUUCAUCAACUCGAUUGUCUAAUGGUAAGAAGCAGUGUUAUAUGGGUCAUCGACGUUACCUUCCUCAUAAUCACAAAUGGAGGAAUGAGAAGAAGUCAUUUGAUGGUACAGAGGAGAGAAGACCCCCGCCACAAAUGCGUUCUGGUAAUGAGAUACUUAAUCAAGUGCAGGAUCUUGAAGGGCUACAAUUAUCAAAGGAUCCAAAGAAAAGGAAGAAGAUAUCACAUGAAAAACGAAAGGAUAAUUGGAACAAAAAAAGUAUCUUUUUUGAACUUCCAUAUUGGAAGAGUCUCUUGUUGCGACAUAAUUUGGAUGUAAUGCAUAUUGAAAAAAAUAUAUGUGAUAAUAUUAUGGGGACAAUCAUGAAUGUCAAAGGAAAGACCAAGGAUACAAUUAAAACUCGGUUAGAUUUGCAAGAAAUGAACAUUAGGCCAGAAUUGCACCCUAUCCAAAAAGGGGAGAAAAUUGAAAUUCCAACGGCAUGCUACACAUUGUCUCCCGAAGAUAAGCACAAGUUAUGCCUUUUCCUAAAGAAUCUAAAGGUUCCUGAUGGAUUUUCAUCUAAUAUUUCUCAAUGUGUGAACCUGAAAGAUCACAAGAUAUCUGGGUUGAAAAGUCAUGAUUGUCAUGUUCUUCUGCAACAUCUACUCCCUCUUGCACUUCGUGGUAUGUUGUCCAAAGAAGUGUGUGAACCUCUUAUUGAGUUAUCUUUGUUUUUUUGUAUUCUUGGAUCAAAGGAGUUGAGAAUUGAUAACUUGGAACAUAUUGAAGCUCAAAUUCCCAUUACACUUUGCAAGUUAGAAAAGAUCUUUCCUCCUUCAUUUUUCGAUGUCAUGGUUCACUUACCUAUUCAUUUAGCUACUGAAGCUAAGAUUGCUGGACCGAUUCAUUAUCGAUGGAUGUAUCCUGUGGAGCGAUGGCUAUAUUUUCUAAAAUCUUUCAUCGGUAAUAUGGCAUGUCCGGAAGGUUGUAUUGCAGAGGGCUACAUUGCAAAUGAAUGUAUGACCUUAUGUUCAAGGUAUCUACAUAGAAUUGACACAAAAUUUAAUCAACCUGAAAGAAAUUAUGAUGGGGGUUUAAAGCAAUCUAAUGGAGGUUUAUCACUAUUCUGUCAACCCGGAAAAACUCUGGGAGCUAAAACUCCAUUUGAGCUUGAAGUAGAUGAAUUAGAACAAGCACACAUAUACAUAUUGAAGAAUUGUGAUGAAGUUUUACCAUAUCUCGAAGAGUUUGCACAAACUCAUGAAAAUGCUCGCCACCUGUCUGAUGUAGAAUGGAAUCGACUAUUUAUUGAAUGGUUUAAAGAUAGGGUUGCACAAUUGCAUAAAGGAGAUUGUAGUCGUAUCAUGGAAGAUAUGCUCUCGCUUUCACGCGGUCCUACACGAUAUUCGACGCAUUCUAAUGGUUACAUUGUUAAUGGAUAUAGAUUUCAUGUAGAAGAUUAUGAUAAAAAGUUAAGGACUCAAAAUUGUGGUGUCGUUGUAUUGGGUGAGAAUGAUAAAGAUAGUGAGAACCUUGAUUACUAUGGAGUUUUAACAGAUGUGAUUGAGUUGCAAUUCGUCAUGGAUAGAAGAGUGGUUUUAUUUCGUUGUAAUUGGUUUGAUGUGUGUGAUGAAAUAAAAGGAGUUAAGAAAGAUGAGUAUGAUUUUGUUGGCAAGUAG